AUGGUAAACACAAGAUUAAAAAUGGGAUAAAACAUGGAGGAUCUUGUAAAGUAUAAUUAAAACUUAUAAAAUUAGAAAAUAUGGAGGAUAGUUUGUAAUAAAUGAAUGGAAAUAAGUACGUUUAAAUGAAGAGGGAAAACUUGAAUUAGGUUAAGUAGUGUAUACUCAAACAGGAGAUAUAAAAAUUUGGACAAAAAUAAUAGAUGGACUUUGA